CGUUUGGUUUUGUUUUCAUUAACAAAAAAUUCUAUUGGCGCAUUUUGCAUAAUCUGUACUCAAAAAACAAUAGAACAUAAAAUAUAUAGAUAAAUAUUUGUCAAGACUGGUUUCAAAAUUUAAUUUUAUUGCAUAAGUAUAUAUUGAUUUUAUUAUUAUCAGAAAACAUGGAUGCUAUAAAACAUUGGAUUGAUACCCAUGAAGCACCUUCGAAAUUUGGUCUCCCGAAUCGAAAAGGUCGAAAAUUAAGUGAUAAAGCUUCUCACGACAAAAGUACAAUAGUUCUGCGAAAUGAUUACUUCGAUACAUCAUCUGAUUCUGGUGAAUUCAAACCCCAGAGCUAUAAUGUGCCACCAUUUAAGUCUGUUUACUCUAAGAGUUCUGAUUCUGUAGAUACAACUGCUUAUAUCAAACAAAAUCGCAUGCGAAAUGGAUUUAGAAGAGUAUUUCAUCGUAAAAAAAACUUGAAUAAAUUAUCAAAGUUAUCAAGUGAGGAUAACACUAAAGAAAAGAAAUCAGUCUCUCCUGCAAAGUCACAACAAUUAUUAAAUACUGCUGCUACUAACAAAACAAAUUAUAAAACUAAAACUGCACAAAUUGAAAAUAAGAAAAAUCAUGUUCACAAUUCAUCUUACACACCUUCAAAGAAACAGUCUAAAAAACCUGUAGAUAAAAUUGCAACAUCAAAUAAUUUAUCAAAUAAGCAUAGACAAAUAGACGAACAAAAUGAAACAACUCCAAAUACAAGACCUUUUAAACAUAAAGUGAGAUUGUAUAAAAAUAAAAAUGUGUGGGGCACAUGUGAAGCAUCUUCCGAUGAAAUAUGCAAUUCAAAAGCCAAUGAACAAAUAUCAUCAUUUUCGGAAGAAAUAAAUUCCACGUCUUCCUCAGAAGAUACAGAUUUAUUUGUUUCAAUUUUAGAUAAGCAUAGUAAAAGUAAAACUCCAUUUAAUAGGUCAAAGUUAAAGUACUCUGCGAGUAGCAAAGUCAUACAAUCAUAUGAUCAAACUGAAAGCUCAUCAGAUGAGUUUGAUUUAAUAUGUUCAUUCAACAGCCCUUUAGUAAACAAUGGAAUUACGAAAUUGAAAACUUCUGAAAAAAUAACUAAAUACGAUAAAUCAACCUUUCAAAAACAAAAUAAAUCAAUUAUUCCCAAGAGAAUAACUAGUGAUGAUAGUUUAAAUAUUAUUUUCGAUCAAUCUAAAAAUGAGAUCAGAAAACGUGAUGAUUCCAAACCAAUUGAAACCAAUAUAACAAAUGCAUAUGAUGUUCCUAUAGGACUUAUACACGGUGAGGAUUUUUCAAAAAAUGUUUCUGAAAAAAUCCAGGAAGUUGAACUUUCAGAAACGGGUGUACAUUCAAAAUCAGUCAGUAUGAAUAAUUUUUCUGAGCAAAGCAGCUCAUCCUUCAUUCCUUCAACUUCAAUUGAUUGUAGUUCAAGAAAAUCUGUACAUUCUAUAGAAUUUUUUUCAAAUAAAAUUACUGAUAGAAUCCAAAUCAAUGAUAUUCAACAGGCAGAAAGAAUGGAUAAUCUCCCGGAACAAAGUGACUCUAUGAUACCCUUAAUUACAGUAUCAAGUGACAAACAAUCAAAUAAUUCUCUUAGUAGCAGUGAAACAGAUAUUAUGGUACAUUCUCCCAGCAAAAAUAAAAAAAUAAACAUACAACAUUUUCAUACUCCUCAUAAUGAUGGUAUGGAUAAACAACCACCCGGUUCUAAUCAUAUUAAUUGCAAUUAUUUACCAUUAGAUGAAUUUGCUGUAGAUAUUGUAGAAUAUUAUGGGUCUAUCUCAUCACAAGGUCAUGAUGAUACCAAUAUAUUAAAGACCAUUGAGGAUGUUUAUGAUAUACAUUUUGAUUUACUCACUCCAGACAAACCGAAUAUAAAAGUAACUUUAUUUCCAGAUAAUACACGAAAAAUAUCUAUUUUAACUUUGGCUGAUGUCUUAGAAUAUCAAAAAAAUAAUAGUAUAAAACGUUAA